GCCAGCACAAAGCGAGGCUUUUGGGGGGCAAAAAAACCCCCAAACCCUCGCACCCCCAUCAGCGCGCACGCACACACACACACACACACACACGCACGUGAAAACCUAAAAGUUGAUCAGCAUGGGAAAGAAGGAGGAGAGGAAACCCCAGCACAGCACGUCCCCGAGUAACCAGAGCCAGACAGGGAAGGCAGCCGAAGGGGAGAAAAGCACCGAUUCGAGCAAGACGCAGGACUCCGCGGUGAAGAAGAAGAAGCAGAAGAAAACGAAAGGGGAUCCCAAAGCUGGCCAGGAGGAGGAAUCCCACACUUGUUGUGGAUGCCGUUUCCCGCUGCUGUUUGCUUUGCUGCAGCUGGCAUUAGGCACCUCUAUAACAGUGUUGGGCUUCCUUAUGGCAGGCAUCAGUUCUUCUCUGCUAGUCAGAGACACUCCAUAUUGGGCUGGGAUAAUUGUCUGUGUGGUGUCCUUAGUGGGAUUUGUUAUGCUUUGUAUUUCAUACCAACCUGAUGAGAAGACAUGUAUGCAGUUCACAGUAAAGCUGUUGUAUUUUCUCCUGAGUGCCCUGGCUCUGGUUGCCUGUGUUUUGGCAGUGGCUUUUGCUGCACACCAUUAUCUGCAGAUGACAAAAUACACCUGUGAUACCCUCCUGCCGGAUUCCUGCCAGUGCAAACUGGACACUGCAGACCCCCUCGGCAGGACCUUCAUCUACCAGGAUGCAGCUGACUGUGGCAGCCUCACCACCAUGCUCAACCUCUACUUACUUCUGCAGAUGGGGCUCAACCUGAUCACAGCCCUGGUGUGCCUGUUGGCAUGCUUCGUGAUGUGGAAACACAGAUAUCAGGUCUUCUACGUGGGCGUCCGGUUCUAUCCCUUAACAGCUACUGAAGACCAGCAGCAGAAAGUGUAGGGCCUGGGCUGGCAGCAGGUCACAACCAGGGAAUGGAGAAUGUCAGCAUGCUGCCACCAUAGACACCACUGAUGGAUGAGUUCUUGCGAGGUUUUUGACACGGAAAAAACAUUCACGCAGUUUUAAUGAAUAUAUUUUUCAGUCAUUUUACGAGGAUUUCACAUGGCUGCUCUUGCAAAAGGUCUCUCGUGAGCUUAUGUAGAGGUCACGGAGUCCUAAAGAUGCAGCUGUACAAAUAAUCACCAAAAAGGAUCUUUAAUAGCCAUAGACAUAAUGAGAGCUAAAAAAAUCAUUGGGAACACAUCUGCAGGGCUACAGACAUUGAGAAUCAGGGUCCAUUUCCCUCACUGGUAGAUAUCUGUUCUUGCCUUCAGAGAAGUUAUACCGAUUUCUACCAGAUAAGGAUAUGGUACAAACUGCUUAAUUAUAAUUAUGCUGAUCAUGCUUAGGGAAUAUAUUUUCUCUUGGAUGCUCUGACCUGUUGGGGAUUUUACCAUAUGGAAAAGUAAUGAGAGGUCAAGACCUCUUCCAAUGCAUGUUGAGACCAACAGCAAAGUGAAUAUAUUAACAACAGCCAUAUAAAAUACACAUAAGAAUUUUCAGAGUAACUAAUGAUAUAAGUUACCUAAUCCAGUUACUAAUAAACAACAUUAUGAGUGGGUUGACUAAUGGUGAUCUGAUGGGUCGUGCUUGAGACCCCAGACACAUUUCUUUAGCAUGAGUGCUGGGCACUUUGUGAGAAAAGAUCCAUUUAAGAAACCUUGAUUUGCUCUCCUACAGUGGAGGACCCUAAAUCACCAGUCACAUGGAAAACUAUGUUGACAUUGCUGUAAUUGCAGGCUCCCAAAACCGGCAUCUAGCCAGUUCCACCAAUUAUACUCCAGGCACAAAAGGCCAAAUUCAUUUUUGGUAUAACUCCUCUGAAGACAAUCAGCCUUACACACCAGCAGUGGAGUUGGGCCAACAGCCCUGAAAGAUACAUCUCUGCAACAAUGGAUGUUUUUAAAAUGGGGUGGAGGGAGGGAAGCAAGAACAGACUGCCAGUCUCCCAAAGACAUCUUUAAUAAUGAUGAGGGCAAAAGAAUAACGAUUUCUUAAUAAGCAGCAUAGAAUAACACACUGCAUUCAAAGAGGGCUUUUUCACACUGAAAAUCUGGCUCUGGAAGUGCUUUACAUCUUACUAGCCUUAUUCUGAGAUAAGUAUGUCAGUUUGUCCCUUGAACUGUCAUUUCCACUUGCACAGCAUGGACUUCUAAAUGUAGGAACAAUUCUCAAUCAGCAGCAUUUUGCAUUGCCUGCAAAAAUAUCUGUGCAAGGGCAAGGCAGCUGGUGCUCACACCCUGUAUGACUAGGGAUUUCCCAAUCCUGGCCAAAGCAAGGGUGUCACUGAGGUGGGGUGGAGUAAUCACAUACCAGAAAAACUGUGCCAUAUUCAUUAGCAAGGAGGAAGCAAAUAAAUUUUUCAUAAGGCUUCAAAGAAGCAGAAGUUUCUGCAGGAAAA